AUGCUGUCAACAACGGCUUCUCUAACCGUGACCUCUGUGGCGGCUCUCGCGUUAGUAAUAAUCUUCAAUACAGUACACGACCCUCUACUAGCAGCACUUGGUUUCGCGUUACUAGGAUGCAUGAUUACAUUGCGUCUUAUUCCCGCGCUAAAAGAUAGUUUUAAAAAAGCUGGAAGGCAAAAUGAAUUGACUUACAAUCAAAUUACAAUUACAACUAAUCUGAUGAGUAGACCUGAAAGUAUGGGUGUUGUCUGUGCGACUGUAUAUUUAGUAUGCUUGUUUUUAUUUAUUCCGUUUCCGUUUAUGGAAUGGCUUACUGGCUCGGGAGGCAUAUUAUCACGUAAAGAGGUUUUUCAUAUACCGACAUUUCCACAUGAUAAGCUAGGUGAAUUUCUUUCCGCGAUACUAUCCCUACAAUCAAUGAUAUUUCUAGGAUUCGCAGACGACGUGUUUGAUAUCAGGUGGCGAUACAAAUUACUAUUGCCGACUAUUGCCUCUAUUCCCUUGUUGAUGGUUUACUACGUAAAUUUUGGUGUGACAUAUAUCGUCGUGCCGAUUCCGUUACGAUUUUUAUUUGGGCGCAUAGUCGAUUUGGGAGUUUUUUAUUAUUUAUAUAUGAGUAUGAUGGCGGUUUUUUGUACAAACUCUAUAAACAUAUUAGCUGGGAUAAAUGGUGUCGAAGCGGGACAGUCUCUGGUGAUUGGCAUUUCUAUAGCCAUCAACGAUUGGCUAUUUUUGAAUGGGGCUGAUCCGGCGGUCGAAGCACAUUUAUUGUCAUUAUUUCUGAUUUUACCGUUUAUUGGUGUGACUAUUGGAUUAUUGUUUUAUAAUUGGUACCCAUCAAAAGUAUUCGUCGGUGACACGUACUGUUACUUUGCUGGGAUGACAUUCGCGGUAGUUGGGAUUCUCGGGCACUUUAGUAAAACAAUGUUGCUGUUCUUUAUUCCACAGAUUUUCAAUUUUUUGUAUUCUGCGCCGCAAUUAUUCAAAUUGAUGGAUUGUCCAAGGCAUCGGAUGCCAAAGUUGAAUGCAAAGACUCGAAAAUUAGAAUACAGUCGUGCCCGAAUAAAAAGUUCUUCAUUACUCAGUCUAUUAAUACUAAAAAUAUUCUCGGGCUUAAGGCUCGCAAAGAUCACCAAAAUAAAACGAAAAGAAAAAAUCCAACAACAAGAUUCAGAACUUACUUUUACUGAAACUGAGAAGUUUAAUAACGAAGAUGAUGAUGAUACCGAUAGUAAUAUGAUAGAAGUAAAUAAUUUCACUCUAAUAAACCUAAUACUACUGAAAUUCGGACCGAUGCACGAACAUACUCUUACAAUUACUGUGAUGAUAAUACAAAUCCUUGGAAGUGCUCUCGCGUUUUUUGUGAGGUAUCGGUUGGUGCACUUUUUCUACAAGGAAGAUGGUAGUUAG